CGAGUCGUCGAGCCAUGGCGCUUCAAGACGUGUUCGAGGAUUUCAAGAAAAGCAAGGCUGUGCUGAAAAAAAUUCACGAUGACACAGUAGAAUACUUCGGUGAAAUCGUUCGAAAGCUUUCCGAUAAAGGUACUGCAGAUAUUGCAGAAGAACUUCGCUACAAAACCUUAGCCGUGCAAGCUUCUCCAAACGAAGUUCAAGUAAUGGUUCAAACAGCGGCAAUGGCGGAUGCUCAUCUGGAGUUCGAUAACGCCCUUGCUGAACUGCUUUACACAGCUAAGGAGAAGAAGAAAGUUACCGAUUUGUUUGAUCAGGAGCCGGCACUCAUUUUUGUCGGGCAAACCAACUGCGGAAAAAGCUCCAUAAUCAACGAGCUCCUAGGUUGUAAAGCGCUUCCUACAUCAGAUCAACCGAGCACCGCGAGAAUUGUUCGCGUUUGCCACGCCGAGGAGCCUUAUUGUCGCCUGGUUGACAUAGGUGGUAAAACCUUAGAAGAGAUAAAGAUGAAAGGCAAGAAUGGAAACAUAAUCCCUCGAAAGAAGAUCGAGCUCAAAUCAGAGGAUCGUGGUGACCCUAGUAAAGUGGGAGCGAUCGUGGAGACCGGUUUAAAUAUCGAGUUCUUGAAGUGUGGUGUAACCAUCAUUGACUCCCCUGGAAGAAAUGAAAAUAAAGCGCUGGACAACUUGGUAAAAAAGCAGCUGGAAAAUCCCCAGGCGUUUGUUAUUUACGUGGUGGAUGGACAUGAUCUCUUUACUGAGCAGGUAAGGUUUUUGUUGUUAACACGAUCGAUUCCUCGAUUGGUAUUUCCGGGUUGUAUUAAGAUCGAAACUAUACCAAGUGCCAUGUUCUGUGAGUCACUUGGACUGUGUCCUUUAAAUAUUGAGUCAUGAAUCAGUAAUGCGAUUAGAGAAGUUUGUAAAUACGAAGCUUAUCAAGGCAAAAGUUUGCUCUUUUCGAAAUUAAACAGUCGUGGUUUAAAUUUACACGAAAACGCCGUGCAACGACAAGAACGUAUACACCACAACAUCAGCAUAGCUUUUACUCUGGUUUGCUUGCUGUUGCAUUUAUUACGAAAUAAAUUCGGUAUUCGGAAUUGGCAACCCAAGGCAAUCACUGUCGUCCGCAGGUGCGGUCGACAGUGAUUGCCGUGGGUUGCUAAAUCCAAUUGCUGCAAUCUGAUUGGCUACGCUAUUCGCCUGAUAUAAUGAGUAAAGUGAGUUGCUUACUAGUAACAUUGUGGGAUUGUAAACAAGGUAAAUUAACUAUUUGAGCUUUUUUUGUUAUAAAGUUUUGAAUAAUUAGCAGAUUUAUAAUAAAACGAUUAGAUUAUUCGCCCUCUAUUUCUAUGCGUGAAAAAGAUCUAAUAGUUGAUGGUGAUUUUUCUUUACACAGUCUUAUCAUCAAUUAAUACCAAUUGUUAUUUGUCUCCUUGCCAGGAUAGAGAGGUCCUGAAUGAAAUGACACCCGCAGGGACCGAUUCAUCGAUUUUUUUCGUUGUUAGCAAACUGGAACCAGAAGAUCGUACCGAAUCAUCAGAUGAGGACGAUGAAUCAAGCCGUCAUGCAGCAUCAGCGAAGGCACGGAAAAUGCGAGAGAAGGAAAGAGAAUUACAGGAAAGAAAGAAGAAAAGGGUGUACGAGCGGCUUGUCAAAAACGGCCAUUUUUCUUCUCAACAGCCCAUGAAUCAAAACGAGCAAUUCCAUGGGUUGUCAGCUUGGCGCAUUAAGAAGUACCACGCUAUGAAGAAGAAAAAUCCCAAAGCUUCUUUAGAGGAGUUUACGGAUUACACGGAAGCCUUUGAGAGAUUUCAAAUUAGCUUGAAAAAGUUCGCUGAAGAAUCUCUUCGUGCAAGGAUCGAGUGUGGGUGCAAAACCCUCGUGCGUGUUCUAUCCAGAUGCCUGGAUUUCUUCAUUCAGAAAGCCAACGUCUUGAAAAGUGGAAAGAAGCAAAUAUUGAAGACGUUGGAAACACUUUUGCGCCAGGAACAGCAAGUUCACGAGAACGUAAUCCGCGAUCUGCAGGACGAAAAGCUGGCGAUAUCUCUACAAGAACUGCUCAGUGAUGCCAUAAUUGGAGCUAGAGAUGACAUCCUAAAAGAGGCAGGAGAUUUUGAAUACGUUUUGACCGAAUUUUCCAUUCCGUCAAGUGGCCAUGUAAAAGGGAAAGCAGCUGUGACUUGCUGUCGGGACCAGAUUGCGCGGAUGGUGGUCAACAAACUCCAGGGAGAGAUCAAUCAAACGUUAACAAUGAUUUUCCGCUCCAGAGAUCUGUUCCUUGUUCACCUCAAAGACGACGUAGAGCAAAUUCAAAGAGAAAUUACCAGAGAUAAUGAAAUUCCAUCGGCAGCAAUCGCUCUUGGCAAAAGCCUUGUUUCUUCUUAUGAAGCUCAAAUCACGUUUUCACAACGCGACAGAGCUUUAUCCCGUUUAAUAAAGAAAUCAAUCGGGCAGUUUUACAAGGCGAUUUGUAAUCCGAUCGACACACUUACCAAGGCCAUCAGUGGAGAGGUUCCUGUUGGCUCGAAGAAAUGGAAGACAAAUGUUGCUUCAGAUGUCCUCGCGGAAGUAGAUCCAUCUGACAUGGCUCAGAGAAUCACCACCAGCUUGAAACAGCACUUUUGUAAAUGCCAUAAAGAGUUCACCGGUGAAAUAGAAAAAGUCCAAGGACUGUUCGAUCGCGGACAGACCAUCAAGGAUAUGCAAAGGAAAACUGUUCUUGGCUUUGCUCCCAGUCUUGCACUUCUUGAGAUGCUGGCAUAUGGUGUCAUGGACAGGUUCAAGUUUGGAUUUCCAGCUAAAGGAGAGCGCAUUGGGACUGGGGCACAGGGCGAGGUCUUCGCCUGUGACAACAUUAAAACUCCAGAAGGAAGGUCCUGUGUUGUUAAGGUGGUAAGUGUCGCUUCAGAGGAGGUGCUCAAGGACUUGACCCUGGAACUUCAUAAUACCAGGUAA